AUGGUGCCGAAGGCGAGGCGACCCAGUCAGCGGGCAUCGAAGGAAAGACUACCCAAGCAGUGGGCACCGAAGGUGAGGCACCAUGAGCUGGCGCUGAUCAAGAAAAAAGGGGCAUGUUGGGUGCUGGGAGAAGGCGGUGGAGCCUGUAAUGCUGGCAUCAUCGAGGGUUGGACAUGGCCAUGUGAAUGCGCUAGUAGCGUCGCUGGGCGCUGGGCAUGGCCAGGCAGGCGCGCAGGUGGCGUCGAUGGGGCCAGACACAAACAUGUGGCGUUGUGCACUGUGGAGGUGUCCACACUCAGUGAGGUAGGCAUGACGGCAGUGGAUGCCGGGCACGAAACUUUGGAGCUUGGACACAGUGUUAUGGAGCUUGGGCACAGAGCUAUGGUGGAGGGUAUGCUGGGAAAUGCUAAUGUUUUAGGCGGCAACGACUGCAGGCAAGUGGUGGAUGGUAUGACUCGUUCAGGCGAAACUUCAUGUAGUCAUGUCCUUCAAGGUUCUCCUAGUAGUGGCCCAAACAAUGCCUCUCUUUAUCCUCACACUAAAAAACAUCGAGGAAAGGUAGCUCUUGAUGACGACGGGUCCAAUGUAAGUACUAUUUCUAGUCCUCUCAAUAUUGAUGCUAACAUUCUCCGGAUUGUUUCCACUUCUAACAUUCUUCUAACAGUGUUGUGCUGCCGAGCAGAAAUAGAUGAGUCUGCUUGUGAUGAUUCUUCUGGUGAUACUGCUAUUUAUGAGGAGGUGCUUGAGGCAAGGCUAAG